AUGGACCCGAACUCGUUCUCCAGCCCUUGCCCCUGCACCGAUCCUCCUCAAAUCUCGUACUCUUUCUGGUCUCAGAAGAACAUCCUGGCGAUCUCAGUGGGCGGCUUUGCGUGUGUGCUCCUGUUGCUGGGCUUGUGGAUCUUCCUCUAUGUCAAGCAGCGACAGCAGCGAGCAGACGCCAUCUGGGAGAUCAGGCGCGACGAGCUGCACAUAGCUGAGCCUCCCGACGUGCUGGGGUACGGGGCCUUCGGCCUGGUGGUCAAGGCCAACUACAGGGGUACCAGUGUGGCGGUAAAGCGCGUGCUGCCUGCCUCCUCGAAAGGGAAACGAGACUCUGCAUUUGACGACUUCAUUGAGGAGAUGCGGACCCUCUCGAAACUUCGACAUCCCUGCAUCGUUACCCUCAUGGGGGCUGUGGUGGCUAAGGAGCAGGAGCCUCUGCUGGUGAUGGAGCUCAUGGUCUUCGGCUCCUUGUACGACCUCAUCCACAACGAGACAGCUCGACUGGAAGGAGAGCUCGUCGUUCCGAUCCUCAACGACGUUGCGCAGGGCGUGAAAUUCCUCCAUGCCGCCACCCCCUUCAUCCUCCAUGGCGACCUCAAGGCUCAGAACAUCCUGGUGGACUCGAGCUUCCGUGGCAAGGUUUCCGACUUCGGCCUCUCCCACAAGGUCCAGGCGAAGAGCUGGACACUUGGCUGGACGACGCAGGUGCAGGGGGUGGGAACGCCUUUCUGGAUGGCUCCCGAGCUCCUGAAUGGCGAGAAAAACACGAUCAAGACUGACACGUUCGCCUUCGGGAUCCUCUUGUGGGAGGUUUACAGCCGUCAGGAGCCCUACGAUGGAGAGGACCUGCAGACAGUGCUGAAGGAGGUGGCCGACCUGACCCUCGCUGAGCCCAAGAGGCCCAAGAUCCCUCCCAACAUCCCCAAGCACGCUGUCACUCUGAUGGAGGACUGCUGGCACAACGACCCUGCCACUCGCCCGACCUUCAACGAGAUU